UGUGUUGGCAGAAGUUUGGCGCUGGUUAAAUUCAGACAAGAGGGAGAACUGACAGUAAAAUCAUUCACUCCACCAUUUGCUCCUUUUCCUGAGCUCUACCUUUUACCCGUAUAGAAUGACAGUGGCCUUUGCUCCAGCUCUCUGACCCCUGAUACUUUAAUAAGUAACAGUGACCAUUACAAUCACGAUUUGCCCAGACCAACAUGUGCACCUGGCAUGAUAAAAGAACCUAUUAAAUUCCCCUCAAUCAAUAAAGGACCUCAGCAAUCUGUCCUAAUGCAGGAUGCAGAGGAGAACGCGAAUGAUGAAGAUGCAGAAUCCACUGACACUCCUCAUCUAACAUAUCCUUCACAAGAUCAGAUGGAACCUGUAAACAAACACCCUGUAUCCAAAGCUCUCAAGACUAAUGGAAGAGAAUUCCAGAGCCUUGGAGCCACCACACAAAACGCACGAUCACCUCUUGUUUUAAAACGUGUUCUAGGAACAAUAAAAAGGUCUUGGCCUGAAGACCUCAAGGAGCGACCGGGAGAAAAUGGAUUCAAGGGCUUCCGUACUACUGCACAAAAGAACGAUUUUUUUAAAAGAAACAACAGAAACUCUGGAGCUCCAGAGCCAUUUGCGGAUUCUCAAGGACUGGCAAGGAAAUUGAAUAGGUCUCUGACACUGAAAUCAAGUGAAGAAAAAACAGAUGAUGUGGUUCUUAUGAGUAGACCAACCUCUCCACUCCCAGAGAGCAGUUCUGCACUGUCCGUCUAUUCCAUGAAAUUUUAUACACAACAAACUACCACUUGUAAGACAUGAGCAGGUACUAACAAACAUGAGCUGAUAAAGGAAAUCAAGCUACUCAAAGAGCAAAGGAAGGAGCUUGAACAAACAAGGCAAGAACUUUUCAAAAAGGGCAGAGAGCUUUUAGCCUUUAACAGACAUCGAAGGAACCAAGGUAUAAUGCCCUCUAGAUACGACUGUCCUGCAGACAACCGGUUGAAGUUACUCCUCCUCAAAUCUGAACCAAAUGGAUUUGCUGAAAUAAAGGCAGUAAAUCAAGAAUAUGGUGUUCAGUGUAAUUUUGCAGGAGCCGCCACUGCCUUCUACAGUAAAAUGCUACAACAACUUCAAGCCAGAGAUGGCGGUGAGGGUACUACACAAGCAAAGAAACUAUCAAGCACAAAGUUGAAGAAUGAUCUGAUAAUCCAGAUAAUGACGGAGUGCAGUGAAAUUGAUAAUCUGAGGAAACAAGUGGAUGAUGCUAAAAUGAAACUGACUACAGAGAUCAAGUUGAGAAAGCAAGCUGCUGCAGAACUACCGGCCCUGAGAGCAGAACUGAUGCAAAAGAGAGCUCAGAUUUAAAGAAACACAGAAUGCACAUCUAUGUGCUUAACAGUAGAUUUCUUAGAAAUUAGAUUUGUUGCAAAUUCAGCCUUCACUGAAAUGAAGAAAUGAUGUGUAAAACACGUUUUUUACAUUUACAUAAAGCACAAAACAUUGUAUUGAGAUUUGAAAGACAUUGUUUUGAAAUUUGUGUAAUGUACAGUAUAAAUGCUAUAUCUGCUUCCUGAGUUAA